CUGGAGAGCUCCGCGCCGACGGCUGCCAGCAGCGGGCAUGUGCAGAGCGGCGCCGCCUCGGCCACUGGGCGCUACAAGCAGCGGCCGGGAUUCGACCGCGCAGCAGCCGAGGAGCGGCGGCGGGGCUCCGGCAGGGCAAGGAAGGCAGGCAGGCUGCAGCUGCGCGGCUGGCCGGGGGACCUUUCUCUCGCUCGCUGGGGCCGGGGGCGGCGCUGACAGGCGGCAGGUACUUUAAGAAAUGGAGUCUUUGAACUGGACUGUGAGGAACCACAAACCUGCAGAGCCAAGAUAACCUCUAAACAGCAGUCUCUGAAGCUCUGGCAUAGGAGGUUUGCCCAUCGUGAUAAGGAGGCCAUCCUGAAGCUGAAAAGCAAGGACUUGGUAACAGACUGUGGGCCGUUGGUGGGUGAAAUGCAACAGGCUACUCUGAAGAUGCCCGUGAUGAUUAUUAACAGCAGUUUGAACCUCAACAAGUCCCAGAACUUUAUGGGAACAGAGGACAGAGGAUAUGUGCCUGAAUAUGAACAUGGAAGAAAACAUUUUUGAGAGAGGAAAACUUCUAAGACAAUGAAAUGAACCAAUGGGAGGCUUCGAGGCUGUUCUAAACACUUGAGAGAGCCCUGGUUCACAGUAGGGGCAUGGCCAAACCUUUCUUCAGACCACAGAAGUUUCUUCGUAGGACCCAGUUCCUGCUUUUCUUCCUUACUGUGGCUUACUUGAUGGCUGGCAGCCUUUUGCUACUGCAACGCUCUCGCUUGGUGCUCCAGCAAAAUUCUCAUGGGACUUCUGGUAACCAACCCCUUACUGUAGCAGAUGCCAUGCUGAGUGCUGGGAAUACAGGUAGCCAACUGGCACAACAUUCUCAUUUAAGCCCCAAACUUCUGGUGAACAUGGAGCUGCUUCAUGGGCCAACACCAGAUUUGAAGUAUGGGCCACGAUGGUUGAUGUCCCGUAAUUCUGAACUGAGACAGUUGCGAAGGAGAUGGUUUCUCAGGUUCAUCAAUGAACAGGAACCAAUCCAGGCUACAGGGGUGAAAGCAGUGAAACCAGCAUCUGAAAGCAGAGGCACUUACAUUGGAUGCUUUGGUGAUGAUUCCAGAGAGAGGACUUUGAAAGGCGCCGUGUUUUAUGACUUGAGGAAGAUGACAGUUUCCCACUGCCAGGAAGCUUGUGCUGAAAGGGCUUAUACCUAUGCUGGCCUGGAGUAUGGAGCAGAAUGCUACUGUGGAAACAAGUUACCCUUGACAGUAGCAAAACAGGAAGAGUGCAACAAUGAAUGCAAAGGAGAAAAAGGAACCAUCUGUGGAGGAGUGAACAGGCUCUCCGUUUUCCGGGUGGAGGAACCAUGGUCUGGUCCCAAACAACGGCGAAAUAUUAUCUAUCGAGGAUGCUUUCAAAUACAAGAAAAUGUAACAAACACCUUUCCGGCAACUUUGAUGCACUCCAAUUUGACGGUCGAGAUGUGCUCUGAAUUGUGCUCCAAAAAGGAAUUUCCCCUGGCUGUCAUCAGAGGACCUCACUGCCACUGUGGCUUCCCUACAGUCCAGUUCCCACUACGCAACAGCUCCAACAGUUCCCUGUGUGGAAGGCUGCAGAAUGUGAGCAGCAUGGCCAGAAUGCCCGGACGGGAGAACUAUGCCCUUGUUUAUCAAACUCCAGUCCAAGAUACCCGAUGUACUGACCGGAAGUUUCUCCCUACAAAAUCCAAAGCAUUUGUUGCUCUGUCAAGCUUUCCUGGAGCUGGAAACACCUGGGCCCGCCAUCUCAUAGAACACGCUACAGGAUUCUAUACGGGAAGCUACUACUUUGAUGGGACUCUGUACAAUAAAGGAUUUAAAGGGGAAAAAGAUCACUGGAGAAGUCGAAGGACUAUUUGUGUCAAAACACAUGAGAGCAGCAGAAAGGAAAUCGAAAUGUUUGAUUCAGCCAUCUUGCUGAUACGGAAUCCCUACAAGUCCCUUGUGGCAGAAUUUAAUCGGAAAUGUGCUGGCCACCUUGGGUAUGCUACAGAUCGAAACUGGAAAAGCAAAGAGUGGCCAGAUUUUGUCAACAGCUACGCAUCCUGGUGGGCUUCUCAUGUUCUUGACUGGCUGAAAUAUGGGAAACGUCUCCUUGUUGUUCACUAUGAAGACUUGAAGCAGAACCUACUAUCCCAACUCAAAAAAAUGGUAGAAUUUUUGAAUGUCCAUGUCAACGAAGACCGGCUGCUCUGUGUGGAAAACAACCGUGAUGGGAAUUUCAAGCGGGGAGGUGCCAGGCGGAAGAGAUUUGAGCCAUUCACAAUGGAAAUGAAAGAUCUGAUCAAUAAACAUAUUAUGACUGUGGACAAAGCUCUGAGGGACAGAAACUUGACUGGGCUGCCGAAAGAAUAUUUACCGAGAUGAUGGUUGACGGCCACCAAGCUGCAUUUUCACAAAUACUAACAGCAAAAAGGAGCAGAAUUUUAUAGCUGUAAAAAAGGCAAGAUUUGUGUAGAGUCUGCUGAUGAAUGCAAUUUUUUGGAUGCUUUUCUGGGGUCCACUAAGUGGUAUAAGCAGCAAACAAUGAAGUAUGGAAAUUGGGUUAUAAAGCAAGGCAGAGGCUAUUAGCAUCUGCCUGUAUGUGUCUUCUUCUUUGUAAAUGGCUACAAAUGGUAACAGUUCUGUGCACUGCUAAUUCCAGGAAACAACAAAAAAGAUCUCUUUGUUUCAUCCUAACUGCAUAGUAGCAAUAUUUUAUCAAGAACAUCUAAAUAUUUUCUAUCAGUUUUGGCAAUUCAGAUGUGUACAUUUUUCCUGGGAUUUGUUUGUUUGUUUAAAACUCAGUCUGAUAAAUACUUUUAGCUAAUCGGUUAAAAUGGCACAUAAUUGGUUUAUCUUUUUCAUUCACUUAAAAAAUCCUCAUAUUUAUCCUUAUGUUUUAACUUGGGAUAACCAAAGUCUGUAAUUUGGGGAGCUGUGUUUGUCUAUUAACACUAACAUUUCUGACCAGGGAGUUUGCCCUAGUUUUCAUUUGCUUUAAAAAAUUAAAUGUAUAAUCUCUU